AUGACCAAUGCCAAAUCCGCCACACUCAAGGAUUGGCUCAGGGACAAACUCAAAGCAGGAAAGAUCCGUCCUAGCAAGUCUUCUAUCAGCUUGCCUGUGAUGUUUGUUCCAAAGAAGGAUGGUUCCCGCCACUUGGUAGUGGACUACCAUUGCCUCAACAAUUGGACAAAGAAAAAUGUUUACCCCCUACCCCGUCCCAAUGAUCUCAUGGCCCAGCUCCAUGGGGCCAAGGUCUUUACCAAGUUAGAUCUAAGAUGGGGCUACAAUAACGUCCCAGUUAAGGAAGGCAAUGAAUGGAAAACUGCUUACUGUACCAAAUACAGCCUCUACAAAUCACUAGUCAUGACAUUUGGUUUGACCAAUGCCCCUGCCUCCUUUCAACACUUCAUGAACAACCUGUUCAAGGACCUAUUGGAUGUAUGCGUCAUCAUUUACCUUGACAACAUCCUGAUCUACUCCAAGGAUGAUGCAUCCCACACAUGA